AUGCCCAGCGAUGAAAUUCAUAAGAUGGAACAACAAAUACCAAAUCUAAUUAAAGAUAUUCAUUCAGAUAACCCUGAUGACAUUUUACAUGCAUCCACAGAAAUUAGAAAACUAUUACAGAUUGACAAUUCUCCUUUUUUAUCAAAAAUAAUUAAUAGUGGGGGUUUACCUACAUUUAUAAAGUUGUUAUCAUGGGAUGACCAUCCACAAAUCCAGUUUGAAUGUUGUUGGAUUCUUACAAAUUUAGCGGCAUCAACAAGUGAUCAUACAAAACUAUUAAUUGAUGAAGGUGCAAUUAAACCAUUGGUUAAGCUUUUAAAAUCAGAUGAUGAAUCCAUUAGACAACAAGCAUGCUGGACUUUAGGAAAUAUAACAUGUGACUCUGAUGAAAAUAGAGAUUUAAUACUUCACACUAAUGCAUUUCCAUUAAUAUUGGAUAUAGUUAAAAAUUUAGAUGACCUCAAACUUGAAACCGUCCAAACCGUAUCAUGGACAAUCUCAAAUAUUCUCAGAUCAAUAAGAGAAGCACCCCGUAUAGAAUACUUUAAGCAAGCCAUCCCAUUCCUAUCAAAACUAUUAGAUUAUCGAGAUGAAGAGGUUUUAAAGGAUACCUGUUGGUCAUUGGUUUAUGGUAUUUCUCAAGAAAAUAUUGCUAUAACUUCAAGAAUACAAUUUGUAAUCGACAUAGAUCCAUUAUUAUGUUCAAAAGUAAUUAAAUUAUUAUACUACAAGAAUAUUGAUUUGCAAACUCCCUCAAUUCGUUUCAUUAGUUUUAUAUCAUCAGAUAUUAUAAAUAGUAAAGAUAAUAUUUAUAGUAAAACAUUAAUAUCAUCAUUUUAUAAUUUACUUCAAAUACCCAGAAUAUCACAUAUGAAUGACACAAUAUGGAGUCUAUCACAAAUCAUUACAGCAGAUGAAGAGCAAAUUAAAGAAUUAAUUGACGGUGGGCUAGUACCAAUUUUAGUAAAUCUUUUAAACAAUGCAGAUUCACCAGUCCAAAUCGAUAUAUUUUUAAUUCUUUCAAACUCAAUUGUAAAUACUACAUCACCUAAACAACUAUUGUAUUUAUUAAGUCAAAGUUGUCUAAAAUCAAUAUUAAAUUUUUAUUUAUAUGGUUCAGCUUCAACUGACCCAACUUUGCCAAAUGAAAAAUUAAUUAGAAUUUUAUUAAUAUGCAUCGAAAAUAUUUUAAAUAUUUUUCUAUUUGAUAAUAAUAACAAACAAAAUAAUCAAUACUAUCAACAAUGUUUAAAAAAUCUUCAAGAUUCAAAUGGACUUUUAUUUUUAAAAAAAUUACAAAACCAUUCAAAUAAAUAUAUCAAAGAUAAAACAAAUACUAUUUUAAAAAAAAUAUCAAAUAAUAAUAAUAAUAAUAAAUAG